AUGUUACGGACGUUGGCGCUCCUCACUUUGCUAAGCAUCUGUGCAAGCAGCUACGCUUCAACGAACGCAGAUAGCUCUGAAGAGGAUUCCACUUUGGAAUUUAUCAAAGUAGAAGAUGGAGCAAAACAGCAGGCAAUACUAACACUUAUCAAUCUCACCAAUUCCACUGGCAUCAGCCAAUUACCAUCAAAGGAAAAUAGCACUGCACCUAAUCGAAUUGUUGGCGGUCGUCCGAUUACCAUCGGCGAAGUACCCUGGCAGACGGCUGUGAUACAGGCGAACGUUUUCGUUUGCGGUGGCUCAAUUAUUAGCUCGUACUGGGUGUUGACCGCGGCUCAUUGCGUCUACGGCAAUGCCAGUAAGCCGCAUUCAGUGCGCGCAGGCUCUAACUUUUUCAAACAAGGCGGUCAAUUGCGUAAGGUCGAUCGUGUCGCCUAUCAUGGUGCAUUCAAUCCGAAAACAAGUGUUAAUGACAUAGCGCUCUUGCGUACAUCUAAACCAUUCAAGUUCAAUUCCAAUGUACAGUCCAUUCGUUUGCCAACAUCGAAUUCAGAGCCCAGCAUUUAUUUCGUCAGUGGCUGGGGAACCCUCAGCGAAAAUGGAGUGCAACCAACCAGACAAUUACGUGGCGUCAAUUUGUAUCUUCAGCAAAGAACAACUUGUGCGGCUGCUAACAGUGGUAAAAUCCAAGUAACCGAAAAUCAACUAUGUGCAUCUGCACCAAAUCAAGACACAUGCUACGGUGAUUCGGGUGGCGCUUUGACCAGUCAAAGUACACAAUAUGGCAUCGUAUCAUAUGGUGUGGGCUGUGCACGGCCGAAAUAUCCCGGAGUUUAUACGAAAGUUUACAAGUAUCUUACAUGGAUUACCACCGUAAUGAAAUCACUGAGCCGGACAAGAAAUUAG